CCAAAUCACAAGGAGCGGGAGGGCCUCUGGGAAAAGAUGCACUUCAACACACGUACCACGAUUCUGCUGUCAUUGGUGCGGUCAUGGCUGCUACCGAAUUGUAUUUGAUGCGCCCCACACUGGGCAGCACAUCUCUGCUGCUGGGGCUCCUCGUGGUUGCGGCCCUCACAAGUGAAGACACACACACACACACACACAGAGAGAGAGAGGCAGCAGCCACACAACACUAGAUGGGAGAAAAAAGGGCGGGCAACUGUACUUUGUGUGUGUGUGUGUGUGUGUGUGUGUGUCAGCUGUGAGUGUCGGCCAUGAGGGGGAUCAUGGCGAGGAGCAGACGAAAGGCAAAGAGGAUGACGGCGGAAUAAGCCACAGUGGUACACAUCUGAAAGGGAGGGAGAGAGGGAAGACACACACACACACACCCAGACUGCACAGCAAGACACAUCGCCCGCCCUCGUGUGUGUGCACUGCAGCGAUGGGUCACACCCGAGCCGAGCUGACAAAGGCAGUGGACCUCAACCCAGACAAACACAUCUAUGAGGUGGGGCGAGGGCUCAGCAACACUGCCUGCCACUCGUGUGUGAUUGUGAUGCCUUCUGCGCGUGUGUGCGUCAGGUGAAUCUGACGGCGUCCGUGAUAGAGUGGGACUAUGGGACGGACAGCAACAUCACCGCAUGGGCAUACAACGGACAGGUGAUGGUGAUGACAGAGAGCGAUGGAUGCCCCAGCCGACACACAGACCUGCAGUGUGCUCUCUCUCUCUCUCUUUUGUUGGUCAUCAAUCAGGUGCCAGGGCCGUUGCUGGAGGCCUCCCUUGGGGACAGGGUGAUCGUUCACUUCCACAACGGCCUGCCUGAGCCGUCGAUGAUCCACUGGCACGGCCUGGAGGUGCCCGCCAACAUGGACGGCAGCCAACGGGCACAGAAGGAGGUGCCCCCGGGGGGGUACUUCAGGUAUGACUUCACCCUCACGCCGUCCAUCUACCACUCGUCCUCGGGGCUGCUGGCCUUCUACCACUCACACUUCAACACACAUCAGCAGAUUGAGAAGGUGAGUGACUACGACGGGAGGGACGGCGUGGCGUGAAGGUGCGGACAUUUGUAGGGGUGCGUGUUGUUGUGUUGUCCUUCUGUCUGUCUGUCAGGGGCUGCAUGGCGCGUUCAUCGUCCGUGACCCACAAGAGGAGGCCCUGCUCGGUCUCGACAGUCAGCAGUAUGACGAGCAGGUGCUCGUCCUCGAUGACAUACUGCUGGUACCCUCGCACAACACAACACAGCAGGGGUUUGCGGCCCUGCCCUUCCCACCGUGUGCUCCUUUCUCUCUGUUGCACCCACUGCACAGAACGAGACAUCAGGCCGGCUGCACUCGUUCACACCGUACACCGACGACCCCCACAAGACACUGGAGGAGCUGCACAACGGGCGGGAAGGCAACUUCCUGCUCGUCAACGGCAGGAGCGCCAAGAGCGGCCUGGGGCGGAUGGUCAAGAAGGGCCGCGUGCAGCGGCUGCGCAUCCUGAAUGCGGCCAACGCGCGGUUCAUGCGGCUGAGCCUGGAGGGAGGGGGGAGUGGGGGUGGGGGCCAGCUAUGGCAGGUGGGAUCCGACGGGGGGCUGAUGGAGGCACCCAUACACAUCAUGCGGGAUGAAGACAUGCACAUGGACAUGGACACCAGGGAGUGGACGCACCACGGGCCAAUCCUCCUUACACCAGGUGCGAUGGAUGGAUGGAUGGUCUGCAUCUCAUCUCACGGCGUGCGUGUCAACAAACAUUUGCACGUCUCUGCAUGGCAUGUGAGUGAGUGUGUGUGCAGGUGAGCGUGUGGAUUUGCUGUGGAACCCUCCUGCCGAGUGCGACACCGACUGCCCCCGGCUCGUGUGGCACGACAUGACACGAGGGAGGAUCAAAGCAGCACUCUCAAUCAACGGCACCGAACACGACAAUGAUCAAGAGCAUGGCCAUGAUGACGGCAAGAUGGCCCACAGCCACAGGAGGUUGAACCUCCUUCGCGGCGGCACCAGUCGCCUGCUGCAAGAAGAUGAUGAAGAGGACGAGCAGGACUGCAUGAUGGACGGCAUGAGCGAUGGUGAAAGAGAUGAUGAGAUGGCUGGUGCAGCCAGCGACCACGUCCAUCAUGGCGGAAUGGGACGAGGGAGAGGCCUGCACAUGGGGCAUAUGGGCCAGAUGGGGAUGGGCGGAGGUGGCCACAUGGGCCACAUGGGAGGGAUGGGCGGCCACCACGACGAAGACGACGAAGCGGAGGGCACAGAUGAUCACAUCCAUCAUCACGGCGGCAUGGGCGGCAUGGGGCUCGGCCAUAUGGGGAGGAGAGGAGGGCACGGCGGACACAUGGGCGGCGGCGGCGGGAUGGGCGGCCAUGGGCCUGGUCACGGUCACGACGGCAGCACCGGUGAUGAUGAGGACGACGGCGGCCACCACAUGGGCCCCGGGAUGGGCGGCGGCAAGGGAUGCAAAUGCCCUCACUGCCGACACGGCCCCUCACACGACCAUGGUGGCAGCCCGCAUGGCGGACAUGGCGGCCACGGGGGUCAUGGGAUGGCGCCCGACCCCCAUGACGGGCACAAGGCCGACGAAUCGCUGAUGACCUUUCAUGUGGAGGAUGGAGGGACGGGGAAGAGUUCUCGGCUGCUAGCUGCUGGCAGGAAGGCGUUUUCGCCUCCCGCCCGGCUUGUGGAGAUACCGCAGCUGGAGAUGGACACAGACACGCCGAUGCUUCACGUGAGCCACAGACGGGACGGCCGGAGAGGCUGUGUGGUGCACUGUGGGGGCUGUGCUGUGUUGUGGUGCAGGUGGAGUAUGGGCACUCGAUGCCUGAGGGCGAGACGGGUCAGCUGUCCUUCUGGAUGAUGUCCAGCGCCGAGGGCGAGCCGCUGCCCAACAUGAUGCUGACGGCGAGGCAGGCGCCCCACUUCUACGUCAACGACACCGUCAUGAUACACGUCAACAACCCCAUGAUGGCGUGGCACAACUUCCACAUACAUGUACGCGACGCGCGGACACAGAUGAGACACAGCCGCCAUACCACACACACACACACACACACGCUCCUCUCCUUUUUGCAGGGCUUCAAGUUUCAGGUCAUUGAGGUAGCCCAGUCAAAUAGCUCUCACGGCCAUGCGCACACCCACGCCACUGCCGACAACCACACCCACACCCCCGUCAUGCACCACAUGCCGCCGCCAUCCGAGCAGCCACGGCAUUGGAAGGACACAGUGGCAGUGCCGCCCAGCUCAUCUGUCAAGGCCCUGGUGCACUUCACUGACGAGGGCCGUGCGGGGAAGGUGUCGGCGUUCGGGGCAAAGAGCGAGGGCGAGAGGAGUGGGGGGUGGCUCUUCCACUGCCAUAUGCUGGUGAGCACGUGUAGCAAAGAUGGCAUGGCGAGAUGCCUGAUGUGUUGUCAAUAUGUGUGUGUGUGUGUGUGUGUGGGUGUGUGUGUGGGUGUGUGUGUGGGUGGGUGUGUGUGUGUGCAGGAGCAUGCGGCAGCAGGCAUGUCUGCUUUUUUCCAGCUGACAGAAAGGGACAAUGGCGAUGGCGAGGAGGGGGGAGAGGGGAAAGGGGCGGACGACGGCGGCCACCCUCACGACAUGAUGGGAGGCAUGGAUCACGACGGCCACCCUGGGGGCCACCACCACCACAUGGAUAUGGGCCUGUAGAUAGAUGUGUGCGUAUGUGUCUGUACGCACCGACACCUCACCCUCUGUCAAUACCAUCGACCUGAUACCUGACUUGUCCGUCCUCGCUCAGCGGGGCGUUAGCUGUAGCUCUAGAGGGGUGAUACUGUAUGUGUGAUGCGCGCAUCUGGGGC